AUGGUGAUAUGGACAAGCGAUCGUUGUACUCAGUGGCUGCAACAGCUCUCUGAAAUGCAGCAAUCUAUUGCCGAUUUGAAACUCGACGACCGUACGAAAACCAUCGAACUAAACAACGCCACAGACGUCGAUGUCGAUUUCGAAGAUGACGAGUACUCUUCGGGAACAGUAGAUGAUAUUUGGGAUGUUAUUAGUUCGGAUGAAGAAAGUGAUGACUUUGACGACAUAAACGGGGUGCUGCUUCCCUCUGGCACGGAAGAUUAUAGCUACGCUUGGUUGGUGUCGAAAUGUGAGACACUGGCGUCUCAAAGGUCUGGAUUCGGAAAAGAAGAGCUUUUAGAGCAAAUAACAGCAGUUCUGGCAGCUGAUUCCGGGGAUGACGAGCUGCAAAUGUCUUUGGCUGAGAUUGUGGGAUUCGAUAAUCUUGACCUGGUUAUAGACUUGAUCGCUCAUCGACAAAAGAUACUUUCACCCAAGACGUCAAGAAGUGCAGCUCAAACGGAUGGACUGAUGGCCGGGAGAUUGCAAACUCUCGCAGAGCGUGAACAAUCCCUGCGUCGGCAAGACCACGAGCACAAACACACACCUCUAGCGGGGGCUCAAACCCGGGAGGGACCGAAAUACCCACACGUUUAUAAAGUACAUGACUCUCGCAAUACACUGUCUUUGGGAGGAAAGAAAUAUGGUCUUCCGAAUGGUAGUGAUCAGGUUGAACAUCAAAAAUAUACCGAAAUCAGCGUCCCAGCAUCGCGUGGCAUUUCUCCAGUAGGACCAAACCAGAAACUUGUCCAGAUUUCGUCUUUAGAUGGGUUGUGCAGAGGCACAUUUAAAGGAUACAAAACGCUAAACCGGAUGCAGAGUCUACUUUACGAAGUUGCGUAUAAAACUAGCGAGAAUAUGCUCAUUUGUGCGCCCACUGGUGCUGGUAAGACAGACGCUGCCAUGUUGACCAUUCUCAAUGCCAUUUCAAAGAAUAUCAUACCCAAUCCUCUGGAGGAAUCUGAUGCAACAGAAUUUACAGUCCAACUUGAUGACUUCAAAGUUGUCUAUGUUGCACCCAUGAAGGCUCUGGCAGCUGAAGUCACAGAGAAACUAGGAAAGCGUCUGGCAUGGCUGGGAAUUCAAGUUCGAGAAUUAACUGGGGAUAUGCAAUUAUCGAAGCGCGAGAUUGUGGAAACUCAAAUCAUCGUGACCACCCCUGAGAAAUGGGAUGUUGUGACGAGAAAAAGCACUGGUGAUACUGAACUUGUCCAGAAAGUUCGCUUGCUCAUCAUUGAUGAAGUUCACAUGCUUCACGACGAACGUGGUGCUGUUAUUGAAUCUCUUGUUGCGCGAACCGAGCGUCAGGUUGAGAGUACACAAUCCUUGAUUCGGAUUGUUGGGCUUUCUGCGACCCUUCCAAACUAUAUCGACGUUGCAGAUUUCUUAAAAGUAAAUAGAAUGGCUGGCCUGUUCUUUUUCGAUCAAUCAUUCCGUCCCGUACCGCUGGAACAGCAUUUUGUCGGUGUUAAAGGAAAGCCUGGCAGUAAACAAUCUCGCGAGAAUCUCGAUGCCGUUGCAUUUGAGAAAGUUCGAGACAUGCUGGAGCAAGGCCACCAAGUUAUGGUUUUUGUUCACUCUCGGAAAGACACUGUCCUGACGGCCCGUACUUUCAAGCAGAUGGCUGCGGAGCAACAGUGUGAGGAUCUAUUUCUGACGGCACAGGAUACAGAAGGAUAUAGUCAGGCAGUAAAGGAUUUGAAAGGUGCACGCGCGAGAGAACUACGAGAUCUCUUUGCAGCUGGCUUUGGCGCGCACCAUGCUGGUUUAACAAGAUCAGACCGUAACCUCAUGGAACCAACCCUAGCUUGGGCCGUCGUUAUCAAGGGAACGCAGCUCUACAGUGCACAGGAAGGUAAAUUUAUUUUUGGUCGUGCUGGUCGUCCACAGUUUCAGGACACUGGUAUUGGUUUUAUUUGCACAACACACGACAAACUCCACCAUUAUCUUUCUGCUGUAACAUCGCAGCAGCCUAUUGAGUCCCGAUUCUCUGCAAAAUUGGUGGAUAACCUGAAUGCAGAAAUUUCACUCGGUACUGUCACAAGUGUAGCCGAGGCUCGCGAGCCACGCAAUUACGGCAUCGAAUGGGCAGAGAUCCGCGAUGAUCCGAUGUUGGUACAAAGACGCCGGGAAUUAAUUAAAAGCCAGAUGAUCAUAUUCAAUGAAAGAACGGAAGAACUGCGCGCCAAAGAUGUUGGCCGUAUUGCUAGUCAAUACUAUAUUUUCAACGAUUUGAUGAGGCCACAAGCUAGCGAAGCGGACGUUCUGAGGAUGAUCAGUUUAAGCGGAGAAUUUGACAAUAUUCAAGCUCGUGAGAACGAGUCCAAAGAGCUUGAAAGGUUACGGGGUAAUGACUCCCCACAUGCAAAAACCAACAUUCUUUUGCAAUCUUACAUUUCUCGUGCAAAGUUGGAAGAUUUUGCCCUCCAGUCUGCACGUAUAUGCCGUUCGCUGUUCAUGAUUGCUCUGAACCGUCGUUGGGGUUAUCAAUGCCAGGUUUUGUUGUCGAUGUGCAAAUCGAUUGAAAAGCAAAUAUGGCCAUUCCAACAUCCUUUCCAUCAAUUUGACCUACCUCUGCCUAUCCUCAAAAAUCUAGAUGAGAAAUUACCAACAUCAUCGGUACAGUCCAUGCGGGAAAUGGAACCGGCUGAAAUUGGCCAGCUACUACUCGACAAUUUCCCAACAUUGAGUGUGGAAGCUGAAAUCGCGCCUCUCAACCGUGACGUUCUCCGUAUUCGGCUUUCUCUCUAUCCUGACUUUAUCUGGAACGAUAGACACCAUGGCAAUUCAGAUACAUCCGAAAUCUAUCAUCAUGAAUAUUUCAUCCUGAGCCGAAAGAAACUCUAUGAUGAGCACGAGUUGAAUUUCACCAUUCCAUUGUCUGAUCCAUUACCUUCUCAAAUAUAUACACAUCUUAUUCGACCGGAUACUGAAAGUGUCUACACAGAUCUUCUCGACCUUCAACCCCUUCCAAUUUCUGCCUUGAAGAACCCAAUUCUAGAGGAGAUCUAUGGAGCCCGUUUCCAAUACUUCAAUCCAAUGCAAACACAGAUAUUUCAUACAUUAUACCAUACAUCUGCUAAUGUCUUAUUGGGAUCGCCCACAGGAAGUGGCAAGACUGUUGCCUGCGAGCUAGCUAUGUGGUGGGCUUUCCGUGAAAACCCAGGGUCUAAAGUUGUUUAUAUUGCCCCGAUGAAAGCUCUAGUACGCGAACGAGUUCAGGACUGGCGAAAACGGCUUACUGCUGCAAUGGGAUUGAGAUUGGUUGAGUUAACUGGUGACAACACUCCAGAUACGCGAACAAUCCGGGAUGCCGAUAUCAUUAUCACUACCCCUGAGAAAUGGGACGGUAUCUCUCGAAGCUGGCAGACCAGAGGGUAUGUCCGACAAAUCCAUUUGUUGGGUGGUGAUCGUGGUCCUAUCCUGGAAAUCAUCGUGUCUCGUAUGAAUUAUAUUGCUUCUCAGUCUAAGGGCUCGGUAAGACUGAUGGGCAUGUCCACUGCAUGCGCCAAUGCUACGGACCUGGCGAACUGGCUCGGUGUUAAGGAGGGGCUUUACAACUUCCGACACUCUGUCCGUCCAGUUCCUCUGGAAAUCUUCAUUGACGGUUUCCCUGAACAGCGUGGGUUCUGUCCAUUAAUGCAGUCGAUGAAUCGCCCAACAUUCUUGGCAAUAAAAAAUCAUUCUCCUGAGAAGCCGGUCAUUGUCUUCGUCGCUUCUCGGAGACAAACCCGAUUGACAGCAAAGGAUCUCAUCAACUAUUGUGGAAUGGAAGAUAACCCACGUCGAUUCGUGCGCAUGUCAGAAGACGAUCUUCAACUCAAUCUCACCCGUGUUAAAGACGAUGCUUUACGGGAAGCUCUCAGUUUCGGUAUCGGUCUCCAUCAUGCCGGUCUGGUUGAGUCCGACCGACAACUCGCCGAGGAACUCUUCGCAAAUAACAAAAUUCAAAUCCUAGUGGCUACAAGUACUCUCGCCUGGGGCGUGAACUUGCCGGCACACCUCGUAGUUGUGAAGGGCACGCAAUUCUUCGAUGCUAAAAUUGAGGGUUAUAGGGAUAUGGAUUUGACCGAUGUGCUGCAAAUGCUCGGCAGAGCUGGUCGUCCACAAUUCGACGACUCCGGUAUUGCACGGAUUUUCACUCAGGACGCUAAAAAGGCUUUUUACAAGCACUUCCUGCAUACUGGAUUUCCGGUAGAAUCAACCUUACACAAGGUGUUGGAUAACCAUUUGGGCGCAGAAGUAUCUGCUGGCACAAUCGUGACAAAACAGGAUGCGCUGGAUUAUCUAACGUGGACUUUCUUCUUCCGUCGCCUCCAUAAGAAUCCCUCGUAUUACGGAUUGGAAAUAUCCGCCGACGAGCAUAAUACCAUUGCUGCACAGCAAAUCGCAGCUGAGUUCAUGAUCGACUUAGUCGAUAAAUCUCUAUCCGAGCUUGCUGAGUCUUCCUGCGUUAUCUUAGACUCAGCCACUGGCGAAGUCGACCCUACGCCGUUUGGUAAGAUCAUGAGUUACUACUACCUUUCGCACAGGACAGUCCGCUACCUGAUGAGCCACGCCAAACGCGAUCCGACCUUUCAGGAAGUUCUCGCAUGGAUGUGCUCUGCGACUGAAUUCGACGAGCUCCCCGUACGACACAACGAAGACCUCAUCAACGCCGAACUCUCGCGCAAUCUCCCUCUCUCUCCGGAGCCUAUGGGCGACCUGCCAAUGUGGGAUCCUCACAUCAAGGCUUUCCUACUGCUGCAAGCGUACAUGUCGCGCAUCGACCUCCCUAUUUCCGAUUAUGUCGGUGACCAGACAUCUGUCCUAGACCAGGGCAUCCGUAUCAUCCAAGCCUCGAUCGAUAUUCUCGCUGAAUUGGGCUACAUGCCUGCCUGCCGUAUGAUGAUGACCCUGCUACAAUGCAUCAAAUCCGCGCGAUGGCCCGAAGACCAUCCAUUAUCUAUACUCCCCAACAUUGAACCAGACGCAAUAAAACCCAAAACCGGUCUCCCGGAUUCCCUGAUCGCGCUCACAUCCAGCCGUGCAUCCACUCUAGCCUCAAAACUGCCUUCUGUAUCUCUCCACCAACUCGACAGAAUCAUCUCAACCCUCCCGCGCAUAUCAAUCUCACUAUCAACCAUUUCCACGACGGGAAUGACACUGACACUAAGCCGCCAAAACCCUCCUUCCACACCGGAUUUCAAAAUCUACGCCCCGCGGUUCCCGAAACCUCAAACGGAGGGUUACUUCCUCGUUGUGUCGGACGAAAGAAAUGGGGAUCUUGUAGCGUUGAAGCGGGUUUCGUGGUCUUCGACGAAUAACAACCGUAAAAACCAGACUAUUUCAUCGGGUAAGGGUAAGAGCCAAGGAGGGAGAGCGAUGACGACGACGACCACGACUAGAGCGACAGUCAAGUUUCCGGGUGGUGUCUCAGGGACGAUGAGAGUGAAUGUGAGGAUUAUUAGUGAUGCGUAUAUCGGGAUGGAAUGGGCGAUGAAUGGGAUUAAGAUCCCGGUUGAGGAAGAAGGGGGUGAGUCGUCUUCAGCUGCGAGGACGGUAGAGACUGAUGCGCAGGUUGAGAAAUGA